AUGGAAAGGGUCGACAGUUUGAAGGUUUUAAACGACGACCAAGAGAUACAUAAGAUGUCUUCCAAACUACCCAAAUGGGCUCUCACAAGAUGGGGCAGAAAGGUUUACGCUUGGAAGAACGAGAAGAAGAGAUUCCCCCCAUUUUCUGAGUUUGUGAAGUAUGUCGUGGUUGAAGCAGACAUUACGUGCGAUCCAAUUAACUUGAGCCAACGGAAGAUAGAGAUCUAUUCAAGGGGACCUCGAAGACAAAGGACUAUGGAAAUUUCAGAGGUACACCUCGAGAAUCAAACCGCGAUGAGUUUGCUAGAUCAUUGGCAACAAAGGUUAAUGAAGAAGAUGCGAGUAAGGGCAAGACCGAAGAAGUCCAAUGCGCAAUGUGUGGAAAGGCCCAUGAAUUGGAAUCCUGUAAGAACUAUAUGGAUAUGGAGGUCAAAGCGAGGAAAGAGUUUGCAAAAACGAAAGGACUCUGCUUUGGAUGCCUUGGAAAGGGACAUUUGUCGAGGGAUUGCAAGAGACGGAAAAAGUGCGACACAUGCAAAAGGGCUCAUCCAACAUCCCUGCAUGGAGACCUGA